AUUGUCAUAUAAAACUCACAACAAUUUGUUAUAUUUGUGUUAGCUGAACUAUAAACGGCUAAAUUAAGUUGGCUAAUCAAGUGCAAAGUCUUGCUUUCAGUUCUGUACUUCAGUCAUCCAAACAGUAAAUUCUACAAAAUUUAAAGUUGUGCAAAAUUUGUUGAUUUCAAUUUUUAACUUGAGUUAGAAUUUGGGUCAAAGAAUUUUAAUUGAAUGUGAAUUUGCUUUGAUUACAUCUGAACUAUAUUACAGCCGAUUAUUACACACUAUGCAGAGAGCCCAGGAGAGACAGCCAAACGUUGUGCCCGUUCCGCAGGAAAGGAACUGGAAAUUGAUUAGCUUUCGCGGGAUUGUGCUCAUAGGCUUUGUCAUAUGCUUGAGCUGCGUUGUCAAUGAUACCGUGUACUACGCUUCGAUAGUGAACUACUAUUUGAAUACGCCAGGCUGUGAUUUUUUAAAAUUUGAAAUUGUCUCGCUUGUGGGGUGCCUUAUACUGAUUUGCAUUUUAUUAUUGGGAUUUGGCUUGGUGCUCUAUCAGAACUUAAAGCCACUGCGCAUUUACCUGACCGUCCUAGCGGUAAGCAGCUUUCUGGAUUUAAUGGUAACCCUGGUGCUGACACAGAGCUAUCCGCUCGUGCAUGACAUCCACAAGUUGUGGGAGAAUGGACAGAGCCUCAGUAAGUACGAAACUACGUACAAGUGCUGUGGCGCCCUGGGUCCCGAUGAUUAUCUGCUCACAUUUGGUGAAUUGCCAGCCAGUUGCUUCGCCAAUGAUAAUCGAUCGGCUGCUUCUCUGAAUUCCGCAGGGUGUCUUAAUAAAAGUAUCACUGAGAGACAACUAUUGCAAAUCGAGCUGAUUACGCCGUUAAUUCUGUUAGUGCUCAUCAUAUUUUUGGUUGGCUUCUAUGUCUACCUGAAGCGGAAGAAGGUGGCAAAGCGCAACUGUCGAACUCUGUGGAAGGAGAAAAUCUUUUUCUAGUGGCAAAUUGAAUUUGCAUUUGGAAGACAAAUUGGAUGGCAUUGAAAUUGGGAAUUGGAUGGGAAUUUCAGUGGGAAUUGGUAUUGGCAGCGACUUACACUUCUCAUAUUUCACCAGCUGCAAUCAAUAACGAUAAACACUCGAGUGUCUGGCUGGCUGAGUCCUUGUCAGCCAAUGUCCGAGCGUCCGUUCUGUUCGCUCUGCAUAUGCAUGAGCCAAUAAAGAAAUCAACAAAGGCGAAUCCAAAACUAUUGCAAAUAGCCAAACAACAGCAGCCUGGACAGCACACCAAAUACUCGGAAACAAUAUGCAAAAGCGAAGUGCAGCCAUGCGACUGAGCACAUAUUCAAGGACAAUCGGAUGGCUUGGACUAGGAUGCUCAACAAGAGCUCUUACAUAUUUUAUCUAUGUGCUAUGUGCUAUGUGCGCAUAUAUAUAUUUUACUGUUGUCAACAUUAAAUGGAAAACAAUUUUCAUGCCCGUCGAAAUGCAUAAAAUAUGCCCAGCAGAACGGCCAACUUUAUGGCUAAAUAGUUUGCUGUAGC